AUGAUCGAGGUAUCCACCGAACUUGGCAAUGGUGUUAUCACACACCCCUCUGCUAAGAACGACAACCCAUCGACUUGCUCCACGGCCAACAAUGCACCCUGGCAGCCGCUGAACACUCCGCAUUCUGCUGGUCUUGAUAUCGCGACUACCGCCAUCUUUGAAGGCCAGGUGGACAUUACCGACCCUACCACCCUGGCCAAGGUAACCCAAGAGUACACUGGUGCUACUGUUGACUACAGCCGAGUGUCCGAGAAGGAAAGGAGUGCUGCCCUGGCUGGUCUUGUCCGCCAUGUCGCUGUCGAGCAGGACUGGCUGGCUGGCUGGGCAUGUCUGUCCAAAGCAGCACCGAACUGCGGCCUCUGGGCUCGCCUGAUUGAGGACGUCUCCGUGUCAGUUGAUGUUUACCGGCGUGUCAAGCCGAGCGAUACGGCUCGGCCAGUGGUCGAGGACUUGACCAUUGAGGUCGUCGCCCAUCCAGACCCCCACUCGUUGAAUCAAAUUGGACCAAAGAGCCUUGGUGGCCACGAGUGGAAAUCCGACAAAGCCUUUGACCAGGUUAAGAGCACAUGGACGAGCUCUGGAUUCGGCGCUGUUGCCCCAUGCACCCUGUUCGGAUGGGCUGGGCUAUUCAGAAAGGUGGUCAAGCCUGAGGACAUUUCCCAGAUGAUUAGCAUGCAGCUGCUGGGCACCGUCGACUAUGAUUUCGACAAGAAUGAGGACCACAAGCCCGGUAUGAGUAGGUCUGGCGCCGUUGCAGGCCGCAACUGCAUCAAGCGUGGGUCUAAACUGCAGGGUGGCGCCAUGGUUGCCCUGCUCAAUCACGAUCUCCAGCACUGCGUUCGCGAGUUUCAAUUGAGUUGGGCACGCGAAGGUCUUGGUGCCACCAUUGCCGGUCCAUCCAAUAUCUCGCCAAAAGACUGGACCAUGGCUCUGAGCGGUGACUGCGCAGCUUUGACUCCCUAUGGCUACAUACCGGAAGCAGACUAUGAUCCCAGCCAGUCUGGCCAGUUUACAUCUGUCCUUGUGGCCAACAUUCACGAUGUCUUGUAUGAUCACGGAGCCUCCAACAUGAUGUCCGGCAUGAUGUACACUGCUGGCGCCGGAGUGGCGAAAGAAGAUAUAGCGGUGGCCUAUUCAGUUGGAAUGCUGGAUGCCAUUGCCCGCCGCAUUCGUGAUCUGCCUGCUGGGAUUGACCUCCUGUUUGGUGAUUCUGUCUACAUGAUUACCUUUAGCUGGGCCCCCUUCAACACCCGAUAUCGGACCUGGGAACGUUUCAUCAAAUACACCAGACUCUUGCAAGCGUCCUCUUCCCCGGAGGCGUCCCGAAUCCUGGCCCUUUCCCGCCGAGGAAAAGUCCUAGCCGUCGAUGAUAACGACCUUGAAAAGAUCCGCGUUCGCGACUCAUGGACAGCAGCCAUGGACAACUCGUCCCCUUCGAGACUGACAUCCCGAAUCACCCAGGUGUAUACUUUAACACCUCCUUCCGUUGUCUUCGAUAAACAUGGAAUGAGCCCGUCCGGACUGUGCUCGAGAUGUGCCCCUCUGUACCACGCAUGUAUUGGCACAGAAAACCAAAUCCAUGCCAUCUCCGGAAUGCCUCAGACAGUACUCGAACGAGACUCGGUCAAUAUUGCGGCCGGUAUACGCCGCGUGGCAACUCUCGCCGCCGGAGACGGUCAUUCUACUGAGGACAACUGCUGCCAGGAGUGUGCCUGUAAGCUCGGUGCGUGGGCUGACAAAUUCGCGUACAAGGUCCUUGUCGCCAUGAUGGCUAGUGAACCUGGUUCUAGCCCACAGGACUGGAUGUUGGAGAAUUACCUGGUGAUUUGUGCGACACUAUGGCCAGUCUCCGUCAUCACCAUCCUCAGUGCCUUUGACCUCGUCGUGAAUGCCAAGUUCGAGCUAGGUGCUAUGGGAGAGCGCCAUGCUGUGGAUUGUUAG